AUGGCUGCGUUGUAUGAGCAGAUACUACUCUUCGGAGACUCCAUCACCCAAGCUUCUGGUGACGACGACGGCUUUGGAUUUGCUGCACCCUUGCAGCAGCUUUACGCACGCCGCCUUGACGUGAUUAACCGUGGAUUCAAUGGCUACAACACUACGAAGGCCUUGCAGGUUCUUCCGCGCCUCAUGCCCUCGCCCGGUGAGGCCAAAACCGUCUUCCUCGGCGCCAACGAUGCUUGUGUCAAGGGUGGCAGCAGCAAGCAGCACGUUCCUCUGGAGACGUACAUGCAAAACCUCAGGACCAUAUGCACCCAUGAAUGUGUCAAGGCGCAGAGCCCACGCCUGAUAAUCAUAACCCCUCCUCCAGUUAAUGAAUACAAGAUGGAGCCAGUUGACAUCAUGAAAGGCCACAACGGCCUGCAGCGCACCGCCGAGCACACGCGGGCUUACGCCAAUGCUGCGCGGAAGGUAGGUGAGGAGUUGCAGCUUCCGGUGUUAGAUCUUUGGUCUAUUUUCAUGCAGAAGGCUGGCUGGGUUGACGGCGAGCCGCUGCCUGGCUGCAGAGGCGUGGAGAGGAACCAGCUGAUUGAGGAUCUUAUGUACGACGGGCUGCAUUUGACGCCAAAGGCGUACAAGAUUGUCAUGGAAGAGCUCAUGAGUCUGAUUGCCUCGGCAUAUCCGGAUCAGCUGCCGGAGAAGCUGCCCUUGGUGCUUCCUGCGUGGAACGACGAGGAUGCGUGGAGUCGAUUCUAA